UGAGAUGGGAGUAGCAGUUCUGGACAGUGUUGUUUGACAGAGGAGUGAUAAGUUCUGGUAAACGGAUGGGAGAGGACCCCUUCUUUUGUCCCUUGGUGGGGAACGCUGUCUAAUUUCCCAAUUAGACAUGGCUCUCCAACUUCUCGGCAGCCGGCUCCUAAUGCUCCUACUUCUCGGCACUACGGUCUCCGAGAUUUCUCCAACUGAGGUCUGCUCAAAUACCAUUCUACCAGGAUCAAAAGGCGAUGAUGGCGAGAUUGGCCAGGAGGGCGAACAGGGAAAGCAAGGAAAGACAGGACCACCCGGACAUCCAGGGUUGACGGGAGAGCUCGGGAGUCCGGGAGACGCUGGACAGACAGGGAAAACAGGACCUGCCGGAUACAAAGGGAGUAAAGGAGACCCCGGUACUGAUGGACCCUCUGGACUAAAAGGAAAGCCAGGUACAACUUGUGACUGUGGGAGAUACAGAAAGGUUGUUGGCCAGAUGGACAUCAACAUCAACAAGCUGAAAAAUGCCAUUAAGUUCCUAAAGAAUGUGAUCUUGGGCAUUAUGGAGACUGAGGAAAAGCUGUACCUAAUCGUCAAGGAGGCGCGGAAGUACCAAGAGGCUCUGGUCAACUGCAACCUCCGGGGCGGCACCCUGGCCAUGCCCAAGAGCGAAAGCACUAACUCAGCGCUGGCAGGCUAUGUCAGUCAGGCCGGCCUGACUCGGGUGUUCAUCGGACUACAGACCGGCGCCGGACCACCGGACCAGGGCACGGCUGUAUACACGGACCAGAGUCCCGUCCGGAACUACACGGCCUGGGCAGAGGGGGAGCCCCAGGGCACGGCCGCCAACAGCAGCUGCGUGGCACUGAGCAGCGCGGGCCGGUGGAGCCCGGUGCUGUGCGAGGGCAGCAUGUUCUACGCGUGCGAGUUCACCAAGGAGCAGCUGGCGCCCGUCACCCUUCAGCAGUGACUACACGGAGAGGGGUUCAUGUCAAGAACGAGGGCACUGGACUGGAGGAUUGUUUCUUAAUAUUCUUGUGUUUGUAGAAGUAUACGUACAGUAGGCAUUACUACACACUUCACACAGCAGAACACACUCUGCUGUUGAUCUUUUUUUUUUGUUAGAGUUGAGUGUAUGAUUUAUUAAAAGACCACCCAAACAAAAUAAACUGACAUUACCAAAGAAAGUCCUCAGUAUUCUAU